AUGUUCUUUGCGACUCUAUUUGCGCUGGCCACGCUGCCAUGGAUAGCUCCGGCUAUGCGAUCGGACCACCUGGCUAAGCUGCGGCAGGAGACGGUGGACAUGUUUUACCAUGGCUUCAACAGCUACAUGCUCCAUGCAUUUCCAGAAGACGAGCUCCGUCCCGUCUCAUGCCAGCCGUUAACCCGAAAUCCCAAUAACCCUGCCGACGUUGGAAUCAACGACGUACUCGGCAACUACUCCUUGACCCUCAUCGACAGCCUCUCAACUCUGGCCAUUCUAGCCGGUGGACCUGACGACGAGAAAUACACGGGCUCACAAGCAUUAAGUGACUUUCAGGACGGCGUGGCGCAAUUCGUUUUGUACUAUGGCGAUGGAAGACAUGGCCCUUCAGGCCAAGGCAUCCGAUCCAAAGGCUUUGACCUCGACAGCAAAGUUCAGGUCUUUGAGACCGUCAUUCGCGGUGUUGGUGGAUUGCUGAGCGCACAUCUUUUUGCCGUGGGCGACUUGCCUAUCCGAGGCUACAACCCGAAACCUGAUACCAGGACGAGGAGUGAUGACCCCCUGGAAAUGGCGCCCAUCACAUGGUCGGGGGGCUUUCGAUAUGACGGCCAGCUCUUGCGGCUCGCCUUUGAUCUUGCAGAGCGACUUCUGCCCGCAUUUUACACCAAAACAGGGAUACCGUAUCCCCGCGUCAACCUACGUUCUGGCAUUCCUUUUUACGUCAACUCACCGUUGCAUCAGGAUUCUGAGGACGCAGAGCCCGUUGUUGACAACGCUGAAAUUACUGAAACAUGCAGCGCUGGCGCAGGUAGCUUGACGCUCGAGUUUACCGUCCUGAGUCGUCUAUCCGGAGAUCCGCGUUUCGAGCAAGCUGCCAAGCGCGCUUUCUGGGAGGUAUGGAAGCGUCGGAGCGAUAUUGGCCUAAUUGGCAACGGCAUUGAUGCCGAGCGUGGCGUCUGGAUAGGCCCUCACUCUGGCAUCGGCGCGGGCAUGGACAGCUUCUUCGAGUAUGCGCUCAAGAGCCAUAUUCUCCUCUCUGGGCAGGAGACGCCAAACAUGACGCGAUCGCAAAGACAGAGCACAACAAGCUGGCUUGAUCCCAACUCGUUGCACCCACCACUACCGGCAGAGAUGCACUCGUCGGAUGCAUUCCUGGAGGCAUGGCACCAAGCUCAUGCUUCGGUGAAGCGCUACAUUUAUACAGACAGGAACCACUUCCCAUACUACUCCAACAACCACCGCGCCACCGGGCAGCCAUACACGAUGUGGAUUGAUAGUCUCGGCGCGUUUUACCCCGGAUUGCUAGCUCUAGCCGGCGAGAUUGACGAGGCCGUGGAGGCCAACCUGGUCUAUACCGCGCUUUGGACACGAUACGGCGCUAUUCCGGAGCGCUGGUCCGUUCGGGAGAGUAACGUCGAGCCUGGCAUCGCCUGGUGGCCUGGCAGGCCUGAAUUCAUUGAAUCGACGUAUCAUAUCUACCGGGCUACGGCUGACCCCUGGUACCUGCGCGUGGGCGAGAUGGUGUUGCACGAUAUCAAGCGCCGCUGCUGGGCGGCAUGCGGAUGGGCCGGACUGGAAAACGUCCUGUCGGGUGAGAAACAGGAUCGCAUGGAGAGCUUCUUUUUGGGAGAGACGACAAAGUAUCUAUAUCUGCUCUUUGAUCCAGAGCACCCUCUCAACAAUCUCGAUGCCGCCUAUGUCUUCACGACCGAGGGUCACCCUCUCGUCAUCCCGCGUAAAGCACGUGGCUCAUCGGCGCUCAGAAGGCGCGCCUCGCGCUCUGCUCACCGGGACAAAGGAGACGUGGCUGUGUACAGCUACUACGACAGCAGAUUCACAAACUCGUGUCCGGCGCCGCGCAAACCGUCAGAGCCACUGGCAGGCUCCAACACGGCGGCAAAGCGCAACUUGUUUGAUGUCUCACGCUUCACCAAUCUCUACAACACGCCCAACAUUCACGGGCCGCUUGAAUCCUUCAAGGUUAAGGACGUGGACAAGGGGCUCAUCACGCAGUAUCGUGCAGCGUCCAAUCACACUCUCUUUCCCUGGACGCUGCCGCCGACGAUGCUUCCUUAUAAUGGCACCUGUCCGGCACCUGUGAACCGCAUCCUGUCAUGGAUCGAAUUCCCUGCUGCCCAAGACGCCUCGCCCUCGCUGUUCUCGCGGAGCAGCGCACAGCUGCGAUGGUACCAAAACGUCGGCCCGACAGUGGAAAAGGUCGAUGGCCUGAAGCUGCAGCUCGAGCAGGAAUUCAGCGAGGCCGCCGGCAAGGAUGUCUGGAUGAUCUCGCACGUGGCUGGCAAGACGGUCGGUCGCCACGAAAACGUCAUUUUUCACGCCGACCACGUCCGCCAUUUCAGAGACGAUGCCUUUUCUGUCCUCCGCCGCAAAGACCUGGUCGACAUCGUGCUGCUCGUCGAGCCAGAGCCGACGCCCCAGACGAGUCAAAAGCUCGCCCCGCUGGCCUCGAUGCCGCUGCCCGUCACCGGCUCCCUUGACGACGUCACCAGCAUCGAAGCUCUGGAAAACAGUAACAACGCAUCCCUCACUGACACCCCCGCCGUGCGCGCCAGCGGCGAACCGCCCGCCGCCGACCCGGACUCGCUCUUCAAGUCCAUCCUCCGCGCCGUCUCCUCCGCGCUCGAGGGCGGCAGCGCCAGCGCCAGCACACCGUCGCCCGAGCCGUUCCCCGACGGCGGCGGCGGCUUCGACCACCGCGACGGUGACGACGACGGCGGCGUCUUCCUCCACAGCUGGCUCGCCAACACGGCCACGGGCGUCGGCGCGUUCCCCCUGCCCAGCGUGUGCGACACGCUCCUCCGCGGCAGCCCCGGCUUCUCGGCCGCCGAUCCGGGCGCCUCGUUCCCCUGGCACCAUGUCUACAUGGCCGGCCUGGCCUGCGACGGCCCGCUGCCCGAGGACGCGCCGCGGCGGCACCAGGUCAUUGUGAUGCAGCGCGGCGGCUGCUCCUUUGGCGAGAAGCUCGACAACAUCCCGAGCUUUGCCCCCGACGACGACGGGAGUGCGGGGGCCAGCAGCCUGCAGCUCGUCGUCGUCGUGGACGAGAGCGCCGGAGGGGACAUGGCCGAUGCGCCGCGGCCGCUGCUGGCGACGGAGCAGCGCACGCCGCGGGGCGCGCCGCGCGUGCACGGGAUCCCGAUGGUGCUGGUGCCGGGCGCCAGGGGCACGUACGAGCUGUUCCGGGAGGCUUCGGCGGUCGGGCUGCGGCGCAAGUACGUGGUCAAGAGCCAGGGCUACGUGAUUGAGAAUGCGAUUGUGCUGUAG